UUUCAAAACGCGAGCCCCGAUGAUUCGCCGUAUGUUGGUGCCAACAAAACUAAACAAAAAUCUCUUGAGAUUCAGAACAACGGUUUUAACCGAUAUCAACGCGAGGAGUAGGUCGGAAGACGGGAAUGUGGCUGACAGCGGUGUGAUAGGUGUUAAACGGAUGUACGAGAGGAUAGAGGAGAAGGAUGAUGAGCUUGAAGAGGGUGAGGUGUACAUGAAAAGAACUCGGGUGAUUGGCGAGGUGCAUUGGGCUGAAAAGCGUUUGAUGCAUGUGGAUGGUGAUAUUGUUGCCGAUGGGGUGGCAGGAAGUGAUGCAGGCUCUGAGGAAAGGGAUGAUGAGAAAAGGAGCGGCCAAAAAAGAACAUCAUUAAGCGAGAAAAAGUAUUUUUUGUACGACAGCACGGACACAAGUGUGGAGACCGAAGAACAAAGCACUGUUAAACAGAAUAAGAACCACGUACACCCUCUCAAACGUCCUGUUCAGGCAUCAAACCGCAGAACAGAUGGUUCAAAGCAGUCAAACUACCGCUCACAGGUGUGCAAGUUCUUUCUUACCCAUUCGUGUACGAAAGGUGAUGCAUGCAGCUAUUCGCACGAUGUUAAACGAUUUCCAUGUAAGGCAUUUCAUGUGAAAAGGAACUGCACCAGGAAAAAUUGCAUGUUUUCACAUGAGCCUGUUAGCGUGGCUGAGCUCAACAGAAUGGCCGAAGAUGAAAGGCGAGAUACCAGUGACUUUGUUUCUCCCUUCUAGACAUAUUAUUUUUACUUAACUGCUUUGUUUCAUUCUUUUAACAUAUUAUGAUGCUUUUACCUCUUCUGUACAAUUCUGCCAUGUACAAUUUACUAUGAUGCAUCUCAACCAUCACCUCGCUGUUUUAGUUUUCUGUUUUGUCUGAUUGCGAGCUGUUCACGGACUGCUACCUCGAACAUUCUGAUCGAGCGGAAUAGAUGCCAUGUUGUCAUUAC